AUGCCGGACGGCCAACCGUCAUCGCCAGCCUCUCCGGCGAGGCGAGAUGACUCGGCGCUGCUCUCGACACACGUAAUCCCGCACUCGGCUUCCGAGCCAUCGAAACUCUCAUCAACACUUUCUGGCAACUCGAAUUCCUCAGAUGGUGCAGCGCACAAUUUUGCCAAGCAAGACGGCUCCUUACAACAGCCCACGCCUGCCUCUCCAAUCCAGUCCGAUCUUGCCGAGACCACAUCACCACCUCCGCUCUCCGAAUCUGAACAGCAGGCAUUCUCCUCUCUCUUUCCCAACGGUUCAUCCAACGACCGUGAAGUAGCCGCCUACACCGCCGCCGCCCCCGCUCGUGGUCGCAACCUGGAUCAGCACGGCGAACUCCAGGAUGAGUUCGACCCCAACCGUCGCACCUCCGUACCAACCCCGGCUACCGUCCUUAAGAAUCUACCAGGUGCAGCGACAAAGACGCUCACCGCAACAACAGCUGCUCCUGCGAGGACGCUCGACUCGAUCAGGAACAAGCUGCAGAGUCCUAGUACGGGUACAAAGAGCAAAAGCGAGAUACCGCAUUCAUUGAGUAAGCUGGAACACGAUUUGAGGCAUAACGCACAUGCACCUGGCAAUCUGGAUGCAGACGCUUCCUCGCAGAAAGAGCUGGUUGGUGGCAAGCCGCCUUCCAAGUCGAGCUCGUUCAGCUCCUUGUUUAGGGGCAAGUCGAAGAAGAGCGAACGAGCGUCGGCGCUGAUGAAACGUGGACGGGAGAGGUCGAGUUCAGGUUCAACGAGAUCGAACUCCAUCUUUCCACCGCAUGGAGCGACAGCUCAUACCCAGGACCGGCCAGCCACUGCCAUUCAGGAGGACGGAGAGCUAGGGAAUAGGACACCAGUGGAAGAGGAGGAGGAGGAGGAAGACGACGACGUGGUGCAGCAAAGGAUCUAUGACCAGCAAAAGAGGCUGGAAGAAUUGGACGAGGCUCAGACAGUCGGCUUGUUGAGGACGCAGCAGGAAGCAGGGAUCGAGCCGAUUCAGUCUCCUGAAGAACCGACUAAGCCGUCUUGGCUGGUGGGGUUGCCGCUCUUUGGGAAUGGGACGGGAUCGGCAAAAGACAAGCACGGUGAUGGCGGUCAAGACGAAGGACAGGCUUCGAGACGGAGCAGUUUCCGGCGUAGCAGCAUUCAUCGUCGAGGCCGCGACGCAGGCGAGGGCCAAGAUGACGACGUAACAAGUUCGAAUGGUCUGCGUCGAGGACGUUCCGCUACAGCUGCACGAUCCGCCUCGGCCUCUCGCGCGCCGCGAAGCAAAAGCCGCCCAAAAGCCUUACUCGACCGACGUCACAGCACCGGUCUUCACCCACCUCGCCGCAACUCGACCACCUGGACAUCCAAGCUUCGCACCAAGAUCCCCAUCAAAGAGUUCCCCUUGCAAGGCUCCGGUCGCGAAUCCGAAUUCAAUCAAGAAUGUCCGCUCUGGGCACGUCAACCGUACAAGUACAUGUACUUUUCCUACUUUGGCCUCAGCGUCGGUCUCUACUACCUGCCGCGAUGGGCCAUCUCUUCGAUCCUACCCUCGCAUCGAGGUCGACCCGAUUGGAGCUGGAAGAAAGCCACCAUGGUCAAACUCUUUCGCCACGGUACAAAGUUGACCUUCCGCACGAGAACGAGUUUGGGCAGGGAUCUGCAGAAGGAGGUGCCACACAGCAAGACGGUGAGGUGCAAGUUCACGUGGGUCAAGCCGGUAGGGGACGAGGAUGUGAGGGGCGAGUUGAGUAGGGCGAUGGAGAUCCAGAAGGUGAUGCCGCAGAGGACGUGUGGGUUUUGGUACGGAGAAGUGGGCAAGCCGGCCAAGCAGGCCAAGCGCAACGCCAAGCUCAAGAACGAUGCUCCGGCAGCGCACGACCACACGCCCAGUCAGGAGGGAUUGCAGAAUGCAUUGCGAGCGUCGUCGGGUACUAGCUUGGGAGCUGGAUCACAGAACAGCGAUACGGGAUCCGGGUGGGAAGUGAAAGGCGGCGUCGGUCGAAGUGCAGAGCCGGGCGAAAAGGUGUUGUACCAUCUGCACGGUGGUGCGUAUUGGAUCGGCACGGCUCACGAAAAAGAUGUCACUGCGGCGGUCAACACCGAGAGUCUGAGAUACAUGGCAGAGAUCUACAAGUCUAGAGAGGCUGCUCAGCAGAGCGCUGAUGGCUCGGCAUCUUCGUCGUCAUCUUCCAACUCGGCCUACAGUGGCAAGCUGCUGCGAUCCUUCAGUCUCGACUAUCGCCUCUGCGUACCCGGUCGACCUCGUGCUGGCUCGUACCCAGCUGCGCUGUUGGAUGCGCUCUCUGGCUACCUCUAUCUGGUGCGCGAUCUGAACUUCGCGCCCGAGAACAUCAUCAUUGCGGGCGAUUCUGCGGGAGGCAACCUGGCGCUAGCGCUCUGUCGCUACUUGCGCGACGAGGGGCCUAGCAUCGCUGCGCAACCAGGCGCGCUGCUGCUCAUGUCGCCCUGGGUCGAUGUCUCGCGCUCGCACUCGGGCCCCACGGGGGCACCCAACCUCGACUCGACCGUGUUCCUGAACCAAGACUCGGACAUCAUCAGCUCGAUGAUCGCAUUCCGCAACACAGCCGUCUCGGCGUUCCUCGGCAAUCUCCCCGCACGCGAAACGUACCGCAACCCAUACAUGUCUCCCGUCUCGCUGCAAUUACCGCUAGAACGAGGCGGCAAAGCUCCGCAUUGGGGGUUCCACGGCUUCCCCAAGAAGAUCUACAUCACCACCGGAUCGGCCGAGAUCUCGUACGACCAGCACCUGACGCUUGCACACAGGUUGGCGGGUGGAACGCGCAAGGGUAGACCGGUGUACAGCGGCGACAAGUUGAGCGCGGGAUGCAAUGCGAGGGAGAUGGCGGAGAGGAGGGGUAGACCUAGGCCCAAGGAGCUGUUGGAUGCGGAGCAGGCGGGGAUGGGUGUGACGCCGAUGGAGGAGCUGCAGGGGUGGGAGUUGGGCGCGCAGGAGGGGGAAGGGUAUGUGACCAAGGUCGUCGAUGGCGAGCCGAGGGAGGGCAAGCGACCCGAGUUGGAGAGUCGAGAUACGACGCUGUUGGGCGAAAACCGGGGUGGCGACGGCGAUGCCGGUGCAAACAGCCAAGAUGGUCCGAGCAAAGCAGCAGCGGGGAAGAGAAGGCUUCACGCAGCGCCACCCCCGGAACCCACCGAGAAGGAGGACCGCCAAGUGAUACUGGACGAGGUCAAGGAUGCGGUGCACGAUUAUCUGCUGUUCAAGUGGUUCGAACCGGAACGCUCUUCGACGUGGAGGAGGAUCGCCGAGUGGAUCGAUGACGUUUGA